AUUACCAAAGGACAAGAGAGAGCGGGCCAAAUAUGGCUUCGGAAAUGUCCUACGCUGCCGUCGGCGUCGUCAUCCUCUCCGUCCUCGUCGUCGUCGCCGCGGCGUCCGCAGACCCCACGGCGGCACCUACGGCCGCGCCGUCGUCGAGCAAGCUCUCGCUCGAAGAGGCGUGCAAGCAGACCGCGGGGCACCACGACCUGUGCGUGGCGACGCUGUCCGCGGACCCAUCGUCCAAGACGGCCGACACGGCGGGGCUGGCCCGGUUGGCCAUCCAGGCGGCGCAGCGGAACGCGUCGGAGACGGCGGCCUACCUCUCCAGCUUCUACGACGACGACAGCCUCGAGAACAAGACGGCGCAGCUGCAGCAGUGCCUCGAGGACUGCGGCGAGAGGUACGAGUCGGCGGUGGAGCAGCUGUCGGACGCGACGUCGGCGGUGGACACGGGGGCGUACAGCGAGUGUGAGGCGCUGGUGGUGGCGAGCCAGGCGGAGGUGAAGCUGUGCCAGCGGGGGUGCCAGGGCGUGCCGGACCACCGCAACGUCCUCACGGCGCGCAACCGCGACGUCGACCAGCUCUGCAGCAUCGCGCUCACCAUCACCAAGCUCGUCGGCGGACCGCCAUCGUGAUACAGGACGUGAUCCACGCAAUUAUAUAUAUUGAUAGUUUACUCAGCUCUCGAUCAUGGCAGCUGCUAGUUUGUUGUAUAACCAUGUCUCGAUCGUUGUAAGCAGAUCGGUAGUCGGUGGUUAAACAGAUUAAAUUACCUUAAAGUUUUCGAUCCAUAUAUUCUGUCAGGAGAAUUCUUGUACCAUAGUGAUGACAUAGUGGAAUGCAUAAUAUAGACGAUAGACCCAUACUAUAAGA